UAAUAGUGAGGAUGAUGUUGAUGAUGAAAACAUGGAAGAUAAAUUUCCUGUUAAAGAACAAACUUAUCCUGGAAGAAAACCAAUGAUAAUAGAUGCCAUUUGUCACAUCAUCGAGUAUUUUCAAAGCUGUAAAGUGAUCAACAAGGAAAUAGAUGAGUUCAACAUGUUUCAAAGGAACUUAUUAGAAGAUGAAUGUUUAAAUUUUUGGAGCCCAUUAGUUGAGCAUCAGCCUUGAUUAUUUGAAGCAAUGAGCUGAGAAUUGAUAUCAAGUUUCGAGAGAAAACCAUUCCAGGAAGUUGUGAAAAGGAGGAAUUAUGAUGUUUUCAGAGCGGAAAUGCAAAAAUAUUACUAUGUAUUAGUUAGUUAUUAUUUUGUAUUACCGGUAGUUUAUUAUUAGGUUUUCAGGGAGGAAAUACAGUAAUAUUUUAGUAUUAUUGUUUAGGUAUUUGGUAUGAUUGUUAUGAAUAUUUGUGCAUACUCAACUAUGCAAAAGCCAUUACCAUGGACCGUUAAGAGAAACAAAUAACAGAAACAAAGUUUUUAUGCAUCGUGAGGUGGGAAAAAUGAUAUCCAAUGAGACAAGAAAGAGAUCCAAAAUAAGAAAGGAGAAAUAUAUCAAAAAAGGUUGGAAAACCCUGCAUUUGAUCAUCAUAAUCAUAACUACUGAAAGAGAGUCACAAUAUGAUAAAGCAAAAGAUUAGUAUUUUGCAUUGAUUCAAUCACUGUCUUUGAGAUGGACAUGGCCUCUUACGUGGACAACAUCUACAAGUUUCAUGUUUUUCUUUAAUCUUGACUUAUGGGAAUUCACAAAAGUUGCAAGUGGAGCCUGGCAAGCAUCAAGAAAUUAUAUUGUGCCUAGUGCUAAUGUGCCUUUCAACUUCAAAUGGUGGCUGGUAAUGUGGUUUGUUGUUCUUGUCUUCAUUGUCAUAGUUUUCUUUCUAACUUAUCGAUAUUUGAAGAAAAGGGAAGCAUCGAAAGCAAUCGUCGCAGGAACGGUACUGCAAAAAGUUGCCAUUGCAUUGGCUCAGGUUUUAGCACUUCCCAUUGGUGUACAAAUUGGAAAAGUAUUUUGGUGCAAUCCUAUUACACAUGUCUGGAAUGUUGACAAUGAUGUUACAUGUUGGAGUGCAGAACAUCUUAUUUUUGUUAUCAUUUCAUUGACAGUAGCAAUUCUUGUUUAUCCUGUCUAUGCUUUUUGGCUAUACAGACUCAUAAAACAACAAGUUGUUACUUUCAACCAUCGACGUCAUGAGGCAUACCUACAACUGAAAGAUUGUGAACAUAGAUUUGGACUCCACAAUGCCUGGACAUCAAGAAUAUUUGUUGCAUUUGCAUCCUACAGAAGGAGAUGGGUGUAUGCACGUCCUAUCGGUCACUUACUGAAAUUUUAUACCAUCAUCUUCUAUGCUGCCUUAUUUAAUUAUAGGUUGGAACAGAUAUCGAUAAUUGGUUUGAUGUUCUUUCUCAUGAUAUUUUUUUCACUCAUUCCGAGGGUAUACAGAGUAACAUGCUACAAUUUCUUGGCGGUUUGGUGUUGGUUAGCAUUAUUUUCAAAUGCGGUAACUGGAAUUUUUAUAAAUAUUUCGGAUCUGGAAAGUGCGUUCACAACUCCGAAUUAUGUCAGAGGCGAGUUAAUCCUUAUCAAUAUUAUUUGGGUACUUACUAUUGCGUUAUGGAUAAUAUAUGUUAUAUUGAGAGCAAGAGGUGUCAUCUGUUCACGUUAUCCACUUUGGCCAACGAUGAUGUCCAAAGGUGUGAAAAAAUUGCCAGAGAAUACACUGAAGUACAUGCAAUCUGCUUUAGAAGGCAGGUACGCCAUCAAGAAAGCAAUGGCCGUUCCUGCUUUACUAGCACCAGUUCAUGAACUUACACAUCAAAUUCAUGUUAUGAAUGCUUUAGCAUGUGAAGCAGAAUAUGUAAAAGAUCCACUUCAUUCAUCAUUACGUGAUGUGUUGGAUGAAUUGAUAGAUUUUCACACAAGAGUUGCUCCUAUAUCAUUAUUCUCUGAAUCUCUCAAACCUACUGUACAUUCUACUGUUCAAGAUCUUCUAAAGGUUAUGCCAGCAUUCACGAAACGGUUAAAACAAAGAGAAUUUGAUUUUAUUUUGACUUCACCAGUUCGUCGACGUCUCCUGCUCAAAUUAUUCAUUGUAUCCUGUUUCCUCAACAAAACGAGAUCGUCACAAGAUGCUACAGGAGGAGAAGAUGGUCGCGGAGGAACUUCCAGAGUUCUUCAAAGAUUGUGGCGACCACCAAGCUCCAGUGACAUGAUCAGUAAAAGCGAUGUGGAUGAAAAUGACCAAUGCAUAUCUGAUGAAGGAUUUGAAGGAGACGAAUUGGAAGGAAGUGAUGCUGAUCAUGAGAUAUGGUACACAGAUGAAAGAAGAAAUAAUUCUGUGAUUGUAUCACCGACUCUAGAAAGUGAACACAGUGCUGCGUAGGAAUGAAACAACAUCAGUCAACGCUUUACUGUA